AUGAAUAAGAAACCAUUUUUUGAGUUUAUUUUGCAGGUGAUAAAUUUAGUGUUGACUGUGUUGGGUUUAGGAACCCUAGGGUAUGGAUUUGUUUGCUUCUUCGAGUCGAAACAAAGCAUUGCAAAUGAAACUCAUAGAUCUUUGAUUAUCUAUGUAACAAUUGGAGUUGGUGCAAUUCUUUUAUUUGUCUCUUGUUUGGGUUCUACUGGAACAGCAACAAGGAGCCCAUGUUGUUUGAUUACUUAUUGUGUAUUCUUGGUACCACUUAUCAUAGCUGAGUUGGGAAUUUCUCUUCUCAUAUUCUUUGACCACAGCUGGAAAAAGGUUAUACUAGAUGGUAUAAAUAAAGAUUAUUUCACAGUCUAUAAGUUUGUGAAUCACCAUUGGAAUGUCAUCAAGUGGAUAGCUCUUGGAGUCUUUAUAUUACAGAUUAUUGCUUUGGUUCUAGCAAUAUAUUUGCAAUCCGUAUUCAAUAGAGCACGAUAUGAUAUCACAGACAUCGAGCGUGAACGUAGAUUAUAUCGUCAUCAUCCUAGAAAAUAUAUUUAUGAUCGUUUGGGUACAUCCACGCCCACACGUACGGUCACCCUACCAAAAUCGUCUAAUGUCGGUGUUGGUGUUCGUGUCAAUGGUAGAAUUUAG